CUUUUUCAAUCGUUUGUUUGCAUCCAAGCAAACGGUUGGCUGCGUGCUUGCUUAAAAUGACAACAAAAUGACAGUCAUAACAUUUGAAAGGCAUCAAAAAAGCCAAAAAUUCAAGCGUAAUUCAGUGUCUCGGGAAUAAUAUCUAACAAUGGCCCUUCCCGUUAUGGAACCGGUAAACUCUCGAGUCUACAUUGGAGGGCUUGGUGAACAGGCGACCCUCCAAGACAUGGACGAGUUGUUCAAGGAAUAUGAACCCUACGAGGAUUUAAAUUUACUACGCGGGUAUGGAUUUGUACAAUUUCCUACGGAGGAAGGCGCCCGUAAGGCAAUCGAGGGCCUCAACGGAUUGAUGCACAAAGGGCGGAAACUCACGGUGAAGAUUGCGAACGAUAAUCGCGGAAAGAAGGGUUUACUUCCUAGAUCCGGGCCGCCAGGAAGCCAAGGCAGUGCCCCGAUUAGAGACCGCUCGCCCAUCGACGGAAACCGAUAUGCUGACGGAUAUCCUCAGAGAAGUAUCUACAGCAAUUUGUACCCCCGCAUGGACAUGGGGGGCUAUGCCGAGCCGAUGAUGAGCGGAAUGCAGGGUCAACCUUCGAAUCAACCGGAGAGUAACGAUUGUGAGAUUAUUGUCGUUUCCAGGGAUUUGACGACAUAUGCAGAGAAUAUUGAAGCUAGAUUGAAACGAAACGGCUUGUCUGUUGAUUUGCUUUUCCCAAACGACGACGUGCCCAUUGGAAAAGUUCUUUCAAAUAUUGCCUCUCGAGGAAGCUAUUACGCUAUCCUCAUCACACCCGAGAACCAAGAACGUAACAGCAUUACAGUGAACGUGUUAUACGGAGUCCCGGCCGAACAUCGGAAUAUGCCGUCCGAUGAUGCGUUGAAUUUCAUUUGCAAGGACUUCCAAGACAAAGUACGCACGGAACAGGAAAAGGCGGCAAAAUAUCGAGCAUCAAUGAGCGCCGGUCCGGGUAACUCUCACAUGAUGUACAAUACCCACUCGCUGCAAGACAAGCAUCCAGACGCAAUCCAGAAUAUGCUCAACCUGCUUGCCAACAACCGGCAACUGACGGUACUCCAGUAUGAGCGGUUGAUCAAAUAUUUAACGGAGCGAAAAGAAUUGCAAAUCAAGUACGAAUUGGGUGAGGACACGGAUUCCGUCUCGGCCAGUAGUCUUCUUUCGGGAAAAUCUAAAGCAGAAAGCGAGAAGGAACUGCAGAAAAAAAUCAUGGACAUUUUGAACAAGCCUUCAAUUGUUCCGCCGAAAAAUAAGAUUUUACCAGAGCCGGAAAAGGAAACACGAUCCGGUGGGUUUUCGUCAUUCGGAAACAUGACCAUCGCGGCUGCUGCUGCAUCCGCCAGUUCGGCUACCUCCAAAGUAGCUACGACAGCUGGUGGUGGAAGCAGUAAUAACAGUGCCCCGCUCAGCAACGCCGCACCCAAGCUUUUGCACGAUCCCAAAGUUCAGAAGGCGCUGGACUCGCUUCUGCUGUCCGGCCUGGGAGGGGGACUCAAAUUCUAGAAAUGAAUGACAGGACUUGGAAUGUAAAGUGAGUAUUUUUCUUUCUCAAAUGUGGAGUUCUUAUCAGUCCUGAUUACACAAAAUUAGUACAUUUUUGACUCAAUCGUUCUGAGCAGAGAUGAUGCCCCUGAUUGUGCACUGUUAGAAUUAGUACAGUUUGAUGUAUGAAUCGUAAUGAAUCAAGAUAAUGGAAGAAUAAAUGAACAAGUAUUGAAAGAGACUAAAACA